AGCUCCAGUGCUGCAUUUGAUGCUGCAGGGUGGAUGAUUUGCUGGAGCUGGAUGUAGAUGUGAAUAAACCUCCAGACACACACAUGCGAGCCUGACGAAACAGCAGACAUGCGGACUGUCGUGAUUAUAUGGGCGCUGCUUUUAUAUCUGGCUCCUUUGGGCAACACUGCGAAAAAGGCGUUUAAAUGCCCGUCCUCGUGCAGCUGCUCCAAGGAGUCUAUUAUAUGCGUCGGAUCUUCGUAUGUCCCGCGAUACAUUCCCAAUGAUGUCAGCUCACUGAGUAUUGUCAACGGGACCUUCUCUGAGGUCAAAGAGGCGAUGUUUUCACACAUGCCGUCCUUACAGUUACUGUUGCUGAACUCAAAUGCCCUCACAACAAUAAGGGACGAUGCCUUUUCUGGCCUUCCACACCUGGAGUACCUGUUUAUAGAAAACAACAAGAUUGAGACGACAUCAAAAUACUCCUUCAGAGGACUUCGGGAUUUGACUCACCUGUCGCUGGCAAACAACAACAUUAAAGCUUUGCCCAGAGAGUUAUUCAUCGAUCUGGACUCUUUGAUAGAGCUAGACCUGAGAGGUAAUGUGUUCGAGUGUGACUGCCGGGCGAAGUGGCUGAUGAUGUGGCUGAAGAGCACGAACGCCACUGUUUCAGACGUCCUCUGCGCCGGUCCUGAGGAGAUGAAGGGCAAACGGCUCAAUGACAUGGCCAGCUUGCAUAACGAGUGCAUCUCUACAGAUUUCAUUCCCCUCCACUCUGUUCCUACGGAGUCCCUGUCUGUGGACACGUUUUCCCACAAGAAUGAUGUAUACGUAGGCAUCGCGGCUCCCAAUGCAGAGAGCUGCAUGGUGCUCCAAUGGGACCACAUUGAGAUGAACUUCAGGACAUACGACAACAUCACAGGUCAGUCCAUUGUUGGCUGCAAAUCUGUGAUCAUCCAGAACGAGGUCUUCGUCAUCGUCGCCCAACUCUUCGGGGGCUCUCACAUCUACAAGUUUGAUGAGGACCAAAGCAAGUUCUCAAAGUUUCAAGACAUUGAAGUGUCAAAGAUCUCCAAGCCUAAUGACAUUGAAGCCUUUCAGAUCGGAAACGACUGGUUCUUCAUCAUCGCCGACAGCUCGAAGGCCGGUUUGUCUACUUUGUACAAAUGGAAUGACAAGGGGUUUUACUCCUACCAGUCUCUUCAUGAAUGGUUUCGAGAUACGGACGCAGAAUUUGUGAAUUUGGAUGGAAAAGCGCAUCUUAUUCUUGCAAGUCGUUCUCAGGUUCCGGUUAUCUACCAAUGGAGCAGAAGCACGCAGAAGUUCACUUUGCAUGGGGAAAUCCCGAAUAUGGAAGAUGUAGUAGCCGUCAAGGCGUUUUGGAUCAAGGAGGACCUUUAUCUUGCCAUGACCCGGUACAUAGGCGACUCCAAAGUCUUGCAUUGGACGGCUAAGGAGUUCUCCGAGGUCCAGGCCAUUCCUUCAAGAGGAUCCAUGAUCCUGCAGCCGUUUUCUUUCAAAGAGAGAUACUACCUGGCUUUGGGAAGCGACUACACCUUCUCGCAGAUCUAUCUGUGGGAUGCCGAGAAGAAGGUUUUCGAGCGUUUUAAGGAAGUCUACAUCCAGGCUCCUCGUUCCUUCACCGUGGUCUCCACCGACCGGAGGGACUUCAUAUUUGCCUCCAGUUUUAAGGGCAGCACACAGAUCUUUGAGCAUAUCAUUAUUGAUUUGAGCCUUUGAGAGUUCAACUUAAUAACUGCAGGACAAUAUCAGAGUUUAAAGGGAUAGUUCGGCCAGUAAUUUCAAUUUGCUUUCUCAUUUGCUCACACUGGAGUGGUGUGAAAGUUUUGUAAAUGCCCUCCUUCUGUUGAACACAAAGGACAAUACUUCUUUGUUUAUAUAGAGUUAUAGUGAGCAGUGUUUCUCAACCAGGUUCCUGGGGGACCACCAAUACUGCAUGUUUUUGUCACCAUCCUGCACUUUGUCUCCGUUGCCCUUCGUGUUCCCUGUUUUAGUUUUUUCUUGUGUGUCCUUAUUUACUUAAUUUCAAUCACCUGUUGUUCCAGCCUGGGUAUUUAGGUGUUCACUUUUUCUCGGAGUCAGAACACUGUGGGUUUGCCUUGCGUUCUCUUGGCCUCUUGAUCAUUGUUUAGUACUUUCUUGUUUCUCCGCUCAUGGAGUUUUCUUUCCUUUUGUUACUCUGUUAAAGAACCCCCGUGUAUACUUCAUCGGAGAAGAACCUUCAUUAACUGUUUUGCUACCAGGUUUUCGGGAUCCUCUCUCUGAGGACAUAGUCUCAAUAGGCACGAUUGCCUUGAACCAUGCUGAAGUGCAGUUGUCCCCCCUUUCCUCUUCCCCGACAGCCCGCACUGUGCACCUUUACCUUCUAAACCGAAGUACGCUUAUGUCAUCGAUGAUGCAACUGUUUAGUUUAACAGGAGGAGAAGUAUUCUGGCUCAGCACAGUGGAGAUUGCUUUAGUUAUAUUGUUUUAGUCUUUUGGGAUGCAGUGACACGCAGUCAAAUGUUUUGCCGAACAGAUCCACAACUUUUGACGCUUAUAAAUGAUCAUGAAAGUCCUCGUGCUGCAGGAAUUAGGAGGUUUGCUGAAGGUGGAGCUGACGUGCAAAGAGGGGUUUGCGUCUCUAAUAAACUAUGACAAUUCAUGUUCAUUGAACAGUAAGAAUGAUUAAUAAAUCCAUGUCAAACAGUCCCUUAAAAUUGACGUUCAACCGUGCUUUGCACUUACACUAGAAGCGUACCACGCCAAAGCCCAAUUGAACCACGGUCUGGCACACCUCUUCCACACCUCGCGCCUAGGCCCAAUUCGGAUCACUCACACUUGUCAAACGAACCGGGAAACGCACCUGGGCACGGUUCAGAUAGGAUAGUGUGAGUGCACCCAAAGUGUUUUGUUUGGGCCUUACCCAUCUGACCUUAUGGCUCUGUGAUACCACUCACCAGUCUCCUUACCAGAGACCUGGAUUUGAGGCCAGUGCAUGACAGUUUUGAAUGUAUCCUUUGCUUGUCACACCCAUUACAGGUCUUUCAGUCUCUGCUUAUGAGCUGAUGAUCUCAAUCAGGUGUGUUUGGUUAAGAAGACAUGGGCUGUUUCUCAAUAUGCAUUCUUCAGCGUUCUUGUGUCCUCCUGUUCUCUUGUAACGUCAUCAUCAGCUGCCAAAGUUCAGUUCCAAAACCUAAGACCGCAAGAAUGGAGGACGCGUGAAACUUCCUGGAUGUAUUCUUGCUUUCGAGGACGCACCGAUGCAGACUUGAGGGCAAAACUCGCUCGAGAAGUCCCAGAAGUGAUUGCGGCUGAAUAACGGAGGUGGGAAGCGUAGCAUUUUAUAUAGAUUUGUUAUUAAAGUUUGGAGAUGUAACUUAUUUAUCUCAGGAGUUUCCUUAACGCCCCGUUCACAAGGGGCAUCAGCUUCAACGCUUCCCAUUCACUUUGAAUGGGUGACGUCAGGCGUUGCCGAACUGCAUUGGGAAUCCAAUCGCUUUGCUCGCUGCAGAAGUUGGGACUUUCUCAACUUUAAGCGCCGACGAAAGCGUUGCUAUGACGAUCACGUCAGCCCCAACUUUAGACACGCCCUCUGUCAAGCAUUGACGCUGAAGCCCCAAGCGAAUCAGGCAUAAAUUAGAUGGUGAAAGUAAACAUUACCAUGAAAAUCUUAAUAGAAGCAUAAACACAUUAAGGGUCGAUUUUAUUUUUAUUGUGCAAUGUAUAUUUGUAACGUCUUUAUGCAGAGUAUAAAAACAAUAAAUGUUUGAUUGAAUGCUGUAAUGUUUAAAUAGUUUUCCAUUUAAAAACCCGUGAAGGUCAUGUGACCAUCAGGAAGCACGCAGCAUCUCAUUUCUCACAGGACGCGUUCUCUGUUCUCGCGGUCUUCCGAGUUCGUUCUUCCGAGGGUAACUUGGCCAGUCUCCAUAAGAACGCAAGUCCGUUCACUGCAUUCUUGAAAUUGUGAAACAUCUAAGGAAAAUGUGCAGAGCUGGUGGUCUUCCAGGAACGUGGUUGAGAAAUACUACUUUAAAGAUAAACACAAAAAGCAAGAUAACAAGAUAACAAUAACGUCAUUCUAGAUAUGUUUCUGAAUGUUAAACAACAGCAGAGUUUAGACCUCAGCUAUAACGAUAUAGAUUUAGCUUUCCAUUGUUCUUCAGAAUAACUUUCUUUUGUGUUCAACAGAAGCAAUUGUAAGGGAUUGUGAGUAAAUGAUGAGCCAAUUUUCAUUUUAGGGUGAACUGUCUCUUUGAGGCAUGUCAGCAACCCCUUCCUUGGGUCGUUGGGCAUUUCUGGGUUAGGCAGUUUGGGUUUUUUGAAGAAGGAGGUAAUCUGGCAUUAUCAGGUUCACAGUAAUACAUAUUAAAUCAUGCAUCUGUGUAGUUUUACACACAGUUGAAGUCAAACUGAUUAGCCCCUUCUUAUUCGAAUAUUUCCCAAAUGAUGUUUAACAGAUUCAAGAAUUUUUCACAGUAUUUCCUAUAAUAUUUUUUCUUCUGGAGAAAGUCUUAUUUGUUUUAUUUCGGCUAGAAUAAAAGCAGUUUUUAAUUUUUCUGAAACCCUUUUAAGGUCAAUAUUAUUAGCCCCCUCAAGCAAUAUUGUGUUUUGGAUAGUCUACAGAACAAACCACUGUUAUACAAUGACUUACCUAAUUACCCUAACUGUAAACUAAUUAUCCUAAUUAACCUAGUUAAGCCUUUAAAUGUCACUUUAGGCUGAAUACUAGGAUCUUGAAAAAUAUCUAGUCAAAUAUUAUCUACUGUUAUCAUGACAACGAUAAAAGAAAUCAGUUAUUAGAAAUGAGUUAUUAAAACUAUUAUAAUUAGAAAUUGAGGAAAAAAAUAUACAGGGGGGCUAAUAAUUCUGACUUCAACUGUACAGUAUAUAUAACAAUUCCUCAUCCCUACUGAAUCAUUGGACAUUUCUGCCAAGCAUACGAUGCAUGGACUGCAGAAAAAGAGUUGCACUUGUCACCUGUAACUACCUAAAUCACUCAACAUAAUGACAUAUACUGUAACUCCGAGAGCCUUUCAAAACUCUUUCAAACCAUGCAUGAUAUGGGUGCAACAACAUUAAAUAAAAAAUAAUUGUAAAAAAAAUACAAGUUACAGAGCAGGCAUGCAGAUCUAAUAGUGAUACAGGUGACAAAUGCAGUCCUGUUAUCUUUAGAGACAUUAAAGAAUAUUUUUACCUCAUUGUUGCAACACAGGCUCAUUGUGAAAGCGUAGCUCUAUAUAGAUUUCUGGAGAUCGCAAAUUAUGUAGCCAGCAGUACCUAUGGCUGCAUUUCGUCUUUAAAUUGAACACUACAGGGCGGCAUGACGCCAUUCUUUUUUUACGCUUACCAGCUGACUGCUAACCUCCAUAUGGACGGCUUUCCUGCUGUUACCAGACUUGAGACGCAGAGAGAAGUUGACUACGACGACGGGGUUUGAGUCUGGUGAAGAACGGUUCCAGAACACAGAUAAGACAAAAACAGAAGCCAAAAAAUGAAAUAAACAAGUAAAUAACAGGGUGAGAAUGUGGUAAAAUUUGAAAACCUGGUAAAAAUCAGGCGAGGGCUUUUCUUUUUCUGGAUUGCUUUUUAAAACGCUGUCGGGUGGGGUUUCAGGAAGGGGGUGGGCGGGUCAAUCGGUGCUUUUGAAAACACUGUUGGUUGGGUUUAGAGGAGGAGGAGGGUGGAUCAGUCAAUCGGUCAGUCAGUCAACAGCGGGCUCUGGUGUAUUUAUGCGAUAACAGUAAGUGCGAAUGCCACUGGCAAGGGGAAUUUGAGAUGUCAAAAUCGUACACAGCGACCUCCAACUGCAAAAAAGUAGCUCCUGGGACGUAUUUUUUGCUCUCCAGAAAGGUAUACAAGGGUACAUUUUCAGAAUGAGCCUAGGUUGCAUUGUUCACUAUUUAAUGAAGUUAUACAUUAUUUCUCAUACACUCAAAGACUAAGGGCGCGUUUACAUGGCAGUUUUUGACUUAAAAUACUGCAUAAUACUACGUUUAUCGUUAUAAUUUGUGGGGAUACUUUAUUUUUUUACGUUACGUCUGUAUAUUAACAUUAAAUAGAUAAACUUUUUCGUUGAUGUCAUGUAAACAUACCCUAAGUUGUAAUGUCAAGAGCAAUCAUAUUAUUGGAAAAUGAAACAAAUUAUGAUGUAAAUUAUGAUUGUGUGGUCAUUCGAGUUUUUGCAGUUGUUUUCGCCUUUUGCAAAUGAAAAAUGCUUCAAUACAGGGAAUUUUUCAAAAGCACAAACCUUUAAAUCAUCUAUAAAUGACUAAAUCUUUCUCAUUAAAACCAAAUGUUAAGCUGAAUUUCUGAUUUUUUUUGGGUGCAAUGAAUGUAAACAGCUUUUUUAUUUUAGUUUAAGUACUAUUGACAUACAUAAUGAAUGUCAGACUUUGAUAACAAGUGCGUUAAAGGAUGAAUUGUUGUCCUUUGCAAGCUGGAAUACAGAAAGAUAAGAAGAAACCAACCCAAUUUAUUAUUAUUGAGCCUGCAAAAGCAUGAUAUACAGCUUAUUAAUAUUCAAUACCUUAUAAAAGCUAAUUAAAAACUUACUUGAUCACAUCAUGUCCUUGUUUAUACCAUUUUAGCCUAAUCUUAUGCA